AUGGCCCUACUUGAAGAGGAUGAGGAAGUGCGACAACACAUAACGGACCCGCCCACAACAAGGUCGCAUUCAUUACCAGCUGCACUGCAGGUUCUGUGUGCACUCAGAACAGUAGAUAAACAACGCCCAAUUAAGGAAGGGUUUUUCGACGAAGAACGUUUCAGGAUUCCUAAUGUGAUAGGAUUGGUUGACGGGAGUCUCAUCGGAAUUAAGACUCCGUCGAAAGACGAAGAAACAUUUGUAUCGAGAAAGAAGGGUCAUGCCAUAAACGUUCAAGGAAUUUGUGACCAUGAAAUGAAAUUCAUAAAUCUAGUUGUGAAAUGGCCCGGGAGUACCCACGAUGCCUUUCUAUGGAAUAACUGUUCUUUGAAUGAGGAUUUCGAAAAUGGGAAUAUUGAUGAUGGAUUGGUGCUCGGUGAUUCGGCGUAUCCGCUGCGACCGUGGCUACUUACACCUAUACUAAACCCCACCAAUGAUGCGGAGGAGUCAUUCAAUGUCCAUCACAGAAGAAUGCGUCGGAUUAUUGAUUGCUGCUUCGGGAAAUGGAAGAUGAGGUGGUUGUGUCUACACAAGUACGGGGGCCUUCUGCGAGUAAAGCUGGAAACCUGCGUUAAUGUCAUCUCUGCAACAGCUGUACUUCACAACAUCUGUGAACAGCAUGGUGUUCCAAUGCCUGUCGAUGCUCCGCCUAAUGAAGAUGAUAACCCAGAGGAGGAUGUCAACCCACCUAAUCCCAACUUCAUGCGCGAAGACGGUGUUCAGGCGAGAAACCAUAUCGUCCAGCAAUACAUUGUACUUUGCUCAUGGCCAGGACUUUAA